CAUAGUACAGGGUAAAUGGGACUAGACUGAGGAAGGGACUCAUUGUAACAACUUCUCUUAACUUCCCUUUCCUCUCCAGCUUGUGGCUUUGGUUGUCCCCAGUCUUGGACCAAUCGGUGAAGAAAAUAACAUGGACUUUUUAUACCAAUCGGAUUCCAUUUACAACUCCUUAUCUUCCCUGGAUUGUCCCAAGUCAUGGAAUAGCUAGUGAUGAAAACAACAGAGAUCCAUAUCCAUGAAGCUUGUGGCCUUGGUUGUUCCCAGUCUUGGACCAAUUAAUGAAGAGAAUAACAUGGAUCCCUUCUACCAAACAGGCCCCAUUUAUGUGAAGGUGAAUACCCUGCAAGGGAAGAAAAUGGUUGAGAGUGGUCUGCAGUCAGGAGAUUUUUCCCUGCCGGAAUCCCUGUCCCCUUGUCUCCCCUCACAACCUGAUAUGGAGAACCUGCUGCAAAAAGUGACUGGGGUUCAGAGGGACCUGGAAGAUUUCAAACAGGAGGCCCUGCAGGCCAUUCAUCGCCUGGAAGAUGCCUACUGUGAGAUGAGCAGGGCUCUGGCUGAGCAGGGAGAGCAGUCAGCGAGGGUAAAACAGCGUUUGCGGGAAGAGGAGGACAGGGGCAUCGUGCGGAAUAAGGUUCUCACCUUCCUGCUCCCCAGAGAGAAGCAGCUGCGGGAGCACUGCAGAUGGCUGGAGCAUAUGUUUCUAAAGAGCGGGUGCUAUGAGGGACAGGGAUCUGCAAAAAAGAUUUCAGGGAACUGACCUGAUCUGGACUGAGUUAUCCUGAUGAGGUCUGAAGUGGCAGAUCUAGAAUUAUUAAGAACUAAGAGCUUUGCUGGGAAAAAACCAAACAGAUAGACAGACAAAACCCCCAGACAAGAACAAAAACUCCAAUCCUAUUUUUUUUCCUGCCCCAUCCUCCUGGUGCUUCUUCUUGGCACAGCAAUAAUAUGUUGUCCAGUUAAGCUUGGGAUGGGAACGGGGGUGGGGUAGAGAUACAAAUAAUAUUAACAGUUAACUGUGA